AUGGUUUACCAGACUGCUGCGACCCUUCGACAGGGUCGAAUCUUUCGCUCGUUCAAUCAAGACCUUGAGUCGGUUUGUCUUGCGGUCGUCACUUUUCUUUCUGGAGGCAUUUUGAUGUUUUUUCUUUGUUUCAUUGUAACAAAACUGCUGCAAUGUUACAAAGCACGAUUGAGGAGGAAACGAAGAAAAGCUCUCGGACAUGAUGAUGAAGAAGAUUUCAACUCAGCCCUUGCCACUGGUCAGAUGCAAUUUGAGGACUCGGAUGAGGCUGAGAAUGAAACCGAUGAACACAAAAAGUUAACCAAUGCU